AUGGUAGCUGAAAUUGGCGAAAAUGUUGAUUCUUGGUUCUGCAUUGUGUCAAUGCUGAAAUUGGCGAAAAUGUCAAUUCUUGGUUCUGCAUUGUGUAAAUGGAAGCUGAAAUUGGCGAAAAUGUCAAUUCUUGGUUCUGCAUUGUGCAAAUGUUUCUUUUUUUUUUCUUUUCUUUUUUCAGGCAAGGAUGGAGGAUCUGCCAGAUCGAAGAGGAAGGAGAUCGACAAUGCCAAGACCGCUGCGCAGUGCUUCACAUUGAAAGAACUCUCUUCAGCGACGCAGAAUUUCCGGGAAUCGAAUUUGAUUGGCGAAGGUGGCUUUGGAUGCGUAUACAAAGGACAGCUCGAAUCCGGCAUGAUUGUCGCUGUAAAGCAGCUGAAUCCCGACGGGCAUCAAGGGAACCAAGAAUUCAUCGUCGAGGUUCUCAUGUUGAGCUUGCUGCAUCAUCCCAACCUCGUCAAUUUGAUCGGUUACUGCGCCGAUGGCGAGCAGAGGCUGCUGGUUUACCAGUUCAUGCCCAUGGGCAGCCUCGAGAAUCAUCUAUUCGAUUUGGAGCCCGGCCGGAAGCCACUCAGCUGGUCGACGAGGUUAAAAAUUGCCGUAGGUGCAGCGCGUGGCCUCGAAUAUCUCCACUGCCAAACCAGCCCUCCCGUCAUAUACCGCGACCUGAAAUCGUCGAACAUACUACUCGACGAAGACUUCAAUGUCAAGCUGUCUGAUUUUGGGCUCGCCAAAUUGGGACCCGUCGGCGACAAAACGCACGUAUCGACGCGCGUCGUCGGAACGUACGGGUACUGUGCCCCGGAAUACGCGAUGAGCGGGAAAUUGACGUUGAAAUCCGACAUAUACAGCUUCGGCGUAGUUCUGUUGGAGCUGAUCACCGGGCGCAAGGCCAUCGACUUCUCCCGGAGGAACGGAGAGCAGAAUCUCGUCGUCUGGACUCGUCCGUAUCUUAGGGAUCGGAGGAACUUGUUCGACAUCGUGGAUCCGUUGUUGGAAGGAGAAUACUCGGCGAAGAGCAUGAAGCACCUUAUAGCGAUUACGACGAUGUGCCUGCAGGCGAAUGCUAAUGCACGACCCGGAAUUAGCGAUAUCGUCGAUGCGUUGGAGUACAUUGCGGCUUGCCACGGCGACGGCACUCGCUCGUGUCGUAGUCGAAGUCGGAAUUGGAAUCGGAGUCGGAGUCAGAGCGGAGAUGAUUUGGAGAGGUAUGUUCCAUAGGCUACCUCUCUUGUAUUGGUAAUU